AUGGCUGAUCAGUCAGCCGAUGCGGGCGACUCUCCUUUGAAACAGAUCGCCACAAAGUAUUUUCUGUCAUGUACUGCUGCUCUUGUCGCCGAAACGGUCACGUAUCCUCUCGAUAUAACCAAAACUCGGCUUCAGAUAACUCGAAAUAAACACACUAAAGGAGGUAUGUUCCGGGUUACCUAUGAUAUUGUUCGAAGAGAAGGUGCCUUAAGCCUGUGGACAGGAGUUGGACCAGCUAUCACUCGUCAUUACAUCUAUACAGGAAUACGUAUGGGAGCGUAUGAGUCCCUUAGGGGUAUGGUUUUCCAGAAAAACGUAGGUGAGAAAACAUUUCGGUUGGAAAUCACUGCUUUGCCGGGGUGCGACACUCGGUCCUGUGUGCUCAAGUCCAGCUGGCUAAGUGCUCGUUUUUAUUUUUGCUUUAUGAAGGACAACUGGGUAACCCAUGCUCUGGCAAGUGCAUGCGCAGGACUAUCCGCUGCUGUUGUUUCACUUCCUUCGGAUGUGGUGAAAACAAGAAUGAUGGACCAAAUAAGGCAUGAACUGGAUAGGAAGAUGGCUCAUGUGCAGAGCAAGCAUGUACAGCUUUACAAUGGAUGCAUAGACUGUUUCGUGAAAAUAGUACGGCAAGAAGGAUUUUUCUCGUUAUACAAAGGAUUUUUGCCUAGUUACAUACGGAUGGCACCUUGGUCGCUCACGUUUUGGGUAUCCUACGAGGAAAUCCGCAAAUUCGUUGGAGCUCCUAGUUUUUAG